GACUCUGUCACGCGGUGGCAGUCACAUGACUCUCUGGUUUUAGGAUGUGAGUCGUGUGUUGUUGCCAUGUAGGUACUUCAGGAUUCACAAGUCUUAUUAAAGGAAAUAAAUACCUUAAUCAAGAAAUUGUCGCUUCUUAUUUGCGUAUUGCAGUCAUAUCUGCGCUGUUGUCGCUGUCUUUUGUUAUUCCAAUGGAUUUUAUUCGACAGACUGGAGUUCUGCUUGUAAUUGCGGUGCUCUCCGGCGCGCGUGCAGACGAGCCUCAGAUUGACCCGCUGAUAUACGAGGAGCAGUUGCUAUGGGUCGGCGGUGGAGCGGGUCAGGUCAGCACUUACAGGAUCCCUCUGCUAACCUUCACGACGCGUGGAAGUCUGCUGGCGUUCUCUGAGGCCAGGAAAAUGUCUUCCGGUGACAUCGGUGCAAAGUUCAUCGCACUGAGACGCUCCACAGACAAAGGAGCCACCUGGUCUCCCACCUCAUUCAUAGUGGAUGAUGGUUCUCUAGUAGAUGGGUUGAAUCUAGGUUCGGUUGUUGUGGAUGAAGAGACUGGUGCUGUGAUACUCAUCUACUCAUUGUGUUUCCACCGUUACCACUGCGACCCCUCCAGCACAAUGAUGGUGCAGAGUCUGGAUGAAGGGUUCACCUGGAGCACCCCACGAAACCUCUCCGUUGAGCUGGGGGUGAAGAGCUUUGCUCCAGGGCCUGGCUUUGGCAUACAGAAAAGGUAUGCUCCCAAUGUGGGCCGUCUGGUGGUGUGUGGCCAUGGAUCCAUUGCUGGUGAUGGGGUCUUCUGCAUCCUGAGUGAUGAUCAUGGUAAAUCCUGGAGAUAUGGAGCUGCCCUGAAGAGCAUCCCUUACAACCAGCCUAAACAAGACCUGGACUUCAACCCAGAUGAGUGUCAGCCAGUGGAACUAGAGGACGGAAGUAUAGUCAUCAAUGUGCGCAACCAGAACAACUACCACUGCCGCUGUCGAAUAAUAGUGCGGAGUUUGGACGGAGGUGAGACUCUUCCUGUGGAGGAGCUGGUGUUUGACAAGACACUGAUCGACCCCGCCGUCGCAGCCGGAGCACUACAGAAACAAGGAGUGAUGUACUUCACCAACCCCUCCAGCACUCAGCACCGGGUCAAUCUAACUCUUCGCUGGUCCUUCACUGAUGGGAAGUCAUGGGAAAAGGAGGCAGUCCAGAUCUGGGCGGGGCCAAGCGGUUAUUCGUCUAUGACAUCACUCAAGGAAGAUUCUCCUGAGGACAGCAAAUACAUCUUUGUCAUUUACGAAAAGGGCCAUAAAGAUUACUAUGAGACAGUCUCUUUUGUCAAAAUCCAUCUAUACGGAGGGAAAUAACAUACAGGUGGAGGAGCCAAGAAAAAGGGAUAUUUAGGAAUUUAAAAAUUAAUUUUUUUUUUUUGAGAAAGCCAAGGUAUCAUCCUGAUGCAAAGUAAUUUCUACGUUUCUUAAACGUUCAUUAAAUCUGGUCUAUGCUAUGAACUGUUUUAUAUGAAUUUCACUCCAGAAAGAAUCAAGACACCCUGCUUCAGUGUGAGAUUGAUCUGCAGUAUACAGCAAUAUAAUACAAAAACAACCAUGAUUGUACCCACUGGUUGUUUACCUGUCAGUGCACAAAACUUUCUGUAAGUCUUGAAGUUCUCAUACUUUGUGCAGCUGGUGAGCUGCACAUUGGUCGCACAAGUUUUUGGGACUAUUUGAUCGCUCAGGCGCUGUUUGUCUUGCUGAUCCUUUUAUUUUUGUGUUGUUUACAAUAAUGUAAAUUAAGUGAAUCUUCACGAAGCUACAACAUUCUUAAAAUGGUUGUUUCCUACUGUAUAACAGUGAUUGAUUUGUAAGUCUUGAAUUAAUGUUUUGAAUACAGAAAUUGUAUUGAAUUAUCAGGUGUUUUCCAAUCCCUGAUGUUGCUUAAAUGAACAAAGGCCUCUAAAAUGACUGACGUAAACGGGAAGACACAAGGGUUUGAGACACAUAGACACUCUAAGCAUUCAGUGUUUGUUCUCCAAAUUAUACAACUGUGAAGUCAGAAAACCUCAUUGUAUAUUGAACUGUGUCAUUCAUGUGCUUCAGGUUAUAUGGUGUUAUUUACCCAGUGUGGCCUUUUUGUGGCCAUAGAUGUUGUACAUUUAGAUGUCAGACAAUUAUUUUGGUAACAUCUUACUGUAGGUGAAUUUUAAAUAGUACAUGCAAGUUUAUGUUAAAAGGCUUUCACUUAAUUAAAUUUCAUAGUAACA